GUGGAGGGGAUGGUGAGGACCAGCUUUUUUAGAGGAUGAGCAUCAUUUGUCCCGGAAAUUCUACCCCAACUCAAAGAAGCCUCCAAGCAGGAAAGUAUCCAGCAGUGGUUGGACUCUGGAUUUUUUAUCUCUGCAAAGGAAAACUUUCAGCAACUUGUCAACCACACCGUUUCUUUGCAUGAACAAGGAAUGGUUCAAAUGACUGUGAAAGACUACAUGAGAUCUCUGCAUCAGUUUUCAGAAGCUCCUGCCCUCUCAAGAGGGAGCAGUUUCAAUUCUUGCAGUUCUACCGCAAGUGUACCACAAAGCAUUCCAGAAUGGCUGGAAUUUUGGGAAAAAGAUCCCGUGGAGAUUCUCCUGGACCUUGGGUUUGGUGCUGAGGAGCCACACAUCUGCACACAAAUCCCAGCCAGAUUCCUUCGCUGUGGCUCAGCAGUCCGAGGGAUUAACAUAAAUGUUUUCCUUGAAGCUCAGAAGCAACGGAUGGACCUGGAGAACCCUGACUUGUGUGGCCGUUUCCAACAGCUAGAAGCACUGGACCACGUCACCAGAGCCCUUUCAUCUUUGCUGCAUGAUGUUAACUCCCUGCAAAAUGAAGCUAGAGAAAAAGCUGGAGGACAGAGCACCAGCAGAACCUCAGUGAGUGGGGACAAAGCGCAUCGAAGAAGAGUGAGUAAACUUUUUCAGAGAGCUUUGAGACAGAGAAUUAGGAGGGACUAUCACACAGAGGCAUCAGCGUCAACCAAGAAGGAUGGGGUUUCCUUCGCUCCCUCAACACCCCAGGACUAUGGAGCUGAGCUAUCAGCAGCCUCAGUCAGUCACAACCAAAGACACCAGUCUCCUUUAGCAGAAUGUCAUUCUGUCCAAACCACUGAUGACUUGAUCCCUCGGCACCUUCUUCGAGCUCCUUUAAGCAAGCAGGGGCCUUGCUCAUCCAUGCUGGCCACACAGGCUCCUCCCUCCCACGGGUCUAAGGAACCAGUCAAAGAUGGAACUCAGAAGGAGAACUCCAUUCACACCAACAAGCUCAAGCAAUUGCCUCGAUUUGCAGCUAAAGCACCAGACUCUUUUGAAAUGGACGAGGUCCAGAGCUCUGAGGAGGAGACUGGUAAGCCUCUUGAUGUGACUUCCAGAAUUUUAGGCACCAGAGUGGACAGAGCCAACAGCUGUCAGUCUGACAGCAGCGGGUUUUUGGAGGAGCCAAUGGAACCUCUGCCCCUCCAGAUGCCUUCCUUGCCAAGCUGCCAGAGUCCCACUGAGGAUGGAGCUAGAAAGCCCUGGGAUCAGUGUCACAGCUCAGUGUCACCCAAGGACUGUCAGCAACAGUCCAAAAGCUUUGAUUCCAAGAGCCUGAUGAGCUUGUCGUUUUCAAGCCAAGACUGGAGUGUCUUGGAAGAAAAGGCCUCAGCAUCUGUGGUGAAGGAAGAACCUCAGCAUGAGGCCAUAGAGGAGGCUCAAGAGCUGCUGAUCUCUGAGAUGGCCCUUGCCAAGACCACCACUUGGAGAGAACACCCAUGGGAAGACAACCAUCUGCAGCAGCCCCCACCAAUGCACCAGGCUAAACAUGAGGGGACUGGAUCCAUACCCAUUUCCACACUUGAUGACCCUCUGGGGUGUAUGGUGGCACACAUCAUAGAAGAGAAGAAAAGAUCUCCGUGGCCUGAGGGAGCUGGAGAAGUGCUCAUGCAAAAUCACCAUUGUGAGUCUCAUAAGUCAUCUGGAAUUGAUCACACUCAGGACAGUUUCCCUCAAAGGGGCUCUGAUGCACCAGGAGCAGAAGAAAGCAGCAAACUCAGUCCUGACAUCAGCAACAUCCUCCUGGAACAAGAGAGGCCACCACAGCACAUUCUCAGGAGUGAGAAUGGAGUCACUCCUUAUAGAGCUGACCUUGUUGAAGAACCAGAUAAAUCCACUUCUCACCUCAAUAAACUGCUUGGAAAUGCUCCUAUGGACUCAAGUGCUGGCCGCUCAAGGUCUGUGACAACCCAGAUGUCCUCCAGUCUGAUGUCAGGUGCUCAGAGUGUUGUGGCCUUGGGCAUGGAUUACAGAAAAACAGAUAUAGAAUGCGUUCCAUGUGACCCUAUGACAAUGACAAAACUGAGGCAGAUCACAGAAGCAAGACAGAUCAGUGACGUUUCUGUUCAGACUUACACAUGUGAAUCUGAGCCCUGCUAUUGCUGUAUUUUCCCGAGCAAUGAAGCCUCCUCUCAUGAACCUCAGGCCCUCACCACAUCAGCCUCUCUGGACACAAGUUCCCCUAGUGUAGACCCAAUGGGCACUUCCCCCACCACAACCACUCACCACUGUGUCUGCUGCCAUCACCAUUUCCACAGCUGUGAGGAAAGGCCAAGCAUUGGUCCUACUACUUCUGUCAGCAGACACUGGCUGUGUUCACAUGCAGAGCACCUGGAAGCCAAGUUCAUGAAGACCUUGCGAGUUCUUCAGGACACAAUUGUGAGGGAACUGUGUUCUUGUACCAUCCAGGAGAUCGAAGCCAUGAAGACGAUAUGCCAGAGUUUCCGGGAGCAUCUAGAGGAAAUUGAACAGCACCUUGUGUGCCAGCAAGCACUCCUUUGCAAGGACAUGUCAGAGGAGGAAAGGGAGGAGGCUGACCAACUUCAGACUUUACGUGAGGCCCUGAGGCAGCAGGUGGCUGAGCUGGAGUCUCAUUUAGGACACCGGGCCCAGCAAAUCAGAGAAGGGAUCCUCUUGCAUCCGGAGCUCCUCACAGGGGAGGCAUAUGAACACUGCACAAGUCUGCACCAACACAACUGGAGAGAGGAGAAUGAUGGCCAGACUUCAGAGGCCGGGACUCAGCCAACCAUUGCCCCUGAGCCUACCUUUCCUUCCAGUGGUGGCCACCAGGCUCCCUGUGCAGGCCCAACACAGGUGGCUGCCCUUGAUACACCUGAUUUGGAGACCAGCACCAGUACGUCUCCCUUAUCAGCAACUUGGGCAGAAUCAGGCCCAGCCUGUCCAGCUUGUUCUGCUGGGGAAAGGGGUACAAUGUCCUGGUCUGGAUCAGAGCUCAUUUGAUGAUCUUUGUACAAAAUGGAAGAGACAGAGCAGUGGUAGCAAAGAAAUCUAGAUUUUCCCUCCACGGAUGUCUACCAACCUUUCAGCAGCUAUGUUUUUCAUAAUCCACUCUUUGGUUAAAGUAGGGGGAAUUGAGAAUAUUUGACUAUUCAUUCACUAUAGAACAACUAAACUUCUAGUUCAUAACCUGACAUGGGAUGGAGAAAGAUAUACAGAUUCUGUGUUGCUAGAGAUUGGUGGAUGACAGAACAUAAACACAUACAUGUGCUUAUCAUUAAAACUAGGAAAAUGCUUUGAAGAUAAUAACCAGGUUUCAUGAGCGGCAACAGAGUUGGGUGUCCGAUUCUGAUCUGGUGUCAGAAGGGUCUAAUUGGGGAAGUGACAAAAGAUCCAGGCUUUGGAGGUCCCAGACUGUCUAAACCUGAGUCAGUUGGCCUGAGAAAGUGCUGACGAAGCACCUGCUCAGUUCUGAGGAUUCCACCUGGACUGUAGGCAGCAAAGGGCAAGACAGAAGAGUACCUAUUCACUGAGAUUUGGGUGGAUAGUGAGAGAAAAAAUAAUAAGAUAAUUUCUGUACCUACAGUGCGGUGGAGAAGUCAGGGUGCUAGUAUCACAGAUGUGACAGGGAGUGACAGGGAGACUUCCGUGGGUGGCCCAGGAAAGUUCUUGCUAAAAGGAAGCCGUUGGAGAAAGCCCAGA